AAUUCUAUAUAUCGCGACAUGUCCAAUUUGUUGAACAUAUUUUUCCGGAGCAAGAAAGUAGCCAUCGACAUUUAUCUUCCUUGCGAGCGAGAAAGUGCCUCCAUCGUAUCUCCCACGCCCAUACCAACAUCCAGCGAGCCCCUUCAAGACUUCACUUCCCUCUCUCCAUCGAGCAACCUUGGUCAACUUCGCCUAAAUGACGAGAAAGAGCUUGCAAAAUCAAAAAUAGUGAUAUCAAAAGAUCUUAGUGUCUCGGCUCACACGUAG